AUGCACUUGACGGAGCUGCCGGUUGAGGUUCUAGAAGAGGUGUUUUCGUACUUGGACAAUCAUACAAAUCUCAACCACUACACUAGCGAGCAUAACAACUCCGAAAAUAGUGAGGACGAUGGAGACGAUCAACACAGUAUAAGUAGCGAAGAUCUUGAAGAUGCUGCUGUGUCAAGCGUCGCGAUUAGUGUUGCAAAUCCUCGACAAUCACUGCUUGCCCUCUCACUUGUGUCCCGAUGUUUUCACCGUCUCGUCCAACCUCGCCUGUUUGCUGUCUUCGACCAAACAAAGGACAAAACACUACCGUUCUUGCGACACAUCGAGGAGUAUCCGCAACACGCAAUGUAUGUCCGCACCCUACGAAUUGAGCCCAUCAUGAGAGACUGGGAGUGGAAGUGUAUUGGGGAGGAUGCAGAUUUCGCUUUUGUAUCAUUACUGCUCUGUAAGAUCCUGCAUCAGGCGACUCUUGUUUCGGGGGAGUUCCCUGCGAGCCUCGUGUCUGACCUCUCCUUGAAGGACGACGGAGUCCAGCAAGAGAUCAUUGCGCAAUGGCUGAUACUUAAUCUGCCGCUUGUGGAGACAUUGAACAUAUCGAUACCCGAGGAUUGGUCGUUUAGUUUACUCACGUCCACGGUACAGCACGAUCGCAAACUGCUCUCACGUUUGCGCGUGUUGCGUGUCCUCGACUCUCCUCCAUCUUUGCAGAAGAGAUAUGGACUGCAACCAACACUUGACCUCGGACUGGCAGUAGCUUUGUUGGAUCUCAAGCAAUUGAACACCGUCGUUCUCGACACCUGCAUUAACUUCAAGAAGCACGAGAAGCUUGACCUGUGUGUGAAAAACGUGGUUCAUCGGCGUUGUGGUCGAGUUGCAUAUCAAGUGAAUCGUCUGCUUGCGGCGUGCACACAGCUACAAUCUUACGAUCUCGAGUACGACGGCGGUACAGCGCUCGACCUUUCCGGACUUUCAAAAAGCAAGGACACUUUAGAGCGCUUGAGUCUGAGAGUGUCGACACUAGCAUUGAAUCUGCUAACACAAUGUCAGGUCUUGAAAUAUGUCGCCAUCACAGCCGAGCAGUUCGACCCACGCCGUCCAGGUACGAGACAAGGAAUACACCACCGAACGAGAAUUCUCAAGCCUCCGCCGCAUCUUCUGGCAGCGAUGCUCCCAGCUAGUCUUGAACAUCUGUGUCUCAGCAAGGCCUACGGAGACGCCCAGUUGAUGUGGCAGGAUCAACUGAUGGUCGUGGUCAAAUAUACGGCUCGAAAGUUCCGGAACCUUAAGCUCAUCGAGGUCUCCUGGCGGCCCAGUCGACAGUUGCAGGAGGAGUGUGUAUUAUUCAAUUUACAGCUCGCAACCCUCAAUAACGACGAUAGCGACGAUUUCUCUAGGGCCAUUAAUGCUAACAGCUAG